AAACGACAAGGCUGGGAAAGGAAGGGAGGCGAGAGGCGAGUUUCGACGACGGCCAACGCUUGUUUUUUUCCCUUCAACCAACUUGGGUUUUUUUGACAUUUAGUUUUGAGCCAACUUUUAUAUUCGACCCUGGCCAAAGGGGAAGGACGGAGAAGGAUUAGGCGUUGUAUAUAGUGCUGUGUUUGUUGCUCUUGGAGGUUUCAAACGAACCGUGUGACAAAAGCGACAAAGGCAUCGUGUCAUUCAGGACGAAGGACUAGAGAGAUUGUUUAGCAGAGUGCCUUGGCUAUUAACUGCACGAGUAGCCUCGUAGUUUACUUGAGGGACACGUCACGAAACUCUAGUGUUUACUUUGUAUAUCGCCUGCAAUUGAUUUGAGCGGGUUUAACCCGGUCCGUCGAAGUUGAAUCGCCUUGAAACGUUAACACCAGUCGACGUAGACUAAGGACGACCGUUACUACUUUUCCGUGCCGUAUGCGGUUGUCCGCUCCUAGACCAAAACUAUUCAACGAUGACCACGCUACAGAGAGAGCAGGGGAUUACCAAGAAGCGCUCUAUCAUUUUCCGUCUGGCUAAGGAGACUCAAGGAACUGUGCAAGCGCUCUUUCACUCAGCGAAGAAGGGCAGUACCACUCCCGUUGUGCCAGCCGAUGGUAGGGAAUCAGGAUCGACGUGGGCAACAUCGUCAGGGAAUGGAACAAUUGCCUCUGACACCCCAGAUUCGCCUGUCACACCAACGAGUCCUGCUAGCACCGGAAAGGGGCGAUUAGGUUUUCUGGGAAAGAAGGCAUCGCUGGCCAGUCUUCGGAGAGCUCAAUCGGAACCUUCCAUUGUUCAACUAGACAAGCGGGCGUCAAAGGUACCAAAGCCUAAAGCGCUCAAAGUCGACCACGAAUGUCGGACAUCUGAUGAAGGCUAUGUGGGCUCGGGUGCAGAUCUGGGAUUGGGUGGAAGCACGAGUGGGAGUGGAAGUACACGGAACAGUGCUGAUGAACAAGCGUAUCCAAAUACGGCACCGGUUAUCAAGCGAACCGUAGCCUACGGCGGAAUGGUCGGAGCUCCCGUUCACCCCAAACUUCGCCAUGAGCGGUCUCAUAACCAACUAUCGGCUGGUUCGAUAGGAUCAGUGGCAGGCCGUUCUAAAACUUUCCGCCGAAGCUUCUCAGCCAAUUCAAUCAAGUUUACGGACGUCGAGGUCGCUCCGAACAGCUUCACAAAGAUACGGUUAAUCGGAAAAGGAGACGUUGGAAAAGUCUAUCUAGUGGAGAAGAAGAGCACAGGGAAGCUCUAUGCGAUGAAAGUACUAUCAAAAGCUGAGAUGAUCAAACGCAAUAAGAUCAAGCGUGUCCUAGCUGAACAGGAAAUUUUGGCCACGUCAAAUCAUCCCUUCAUUGUAACCUUGUACCAUAGCUUCCAAAGCGAGGACUACUUGUAUUUCAUUAUGGAGUACUGCUGUGGAGGAGAAUUUUUUCGCGCGCUCCAAACAUUGGAAACCAAAUCCUUACCGGAAAAGGAUGCCCGCUUCUACGCUGCGGAAGUAAUAUGCGCAAUAGAAUACCUCCAUCUCAUGGGCUUUAUAUACCGAGAUUUAAAGCCUGAGAACAUCCUCUUGCAUCAUACUGGACAUAUUAUGCUGACGGACUUUGAUCUAUCAAAGCCUUCGGCAGAACCUGGUGAUCCCGGAAUUGUGAAGAGCAAUACCUUUUCGUUCCAACUGUCUAGUUCCCCAGCCAUCGAUACCAAAUCAUGUACAGCCAACUUGAGGACGAACUCUUUCGUGGGAACUGAAGAGUACAUUGCGCCAGAGGUGAUCAAGGGAUGCGGCCACACGAGCGCUGUCGAUUGGUGGACCCUGGGCAUUCUGAUAUAUGAGAUGCUUUACGGUACAACCCCUUUCAAGGGACAAAACCGCAAUAACACCUUCACCAACAUCAUUUAUAAUGACGUUGCCUUCCCGGCGGAACCACCGGUGUCCCCUUCAUGCAAGCAGCUCAUUCGAAAGCUUCUCCACAAAGAUGAAGAGAAGCGCCUCGGGUCCCGUGCUGGGGCAUCAGAUGUCAAAGCCCAUCCCUUUUUCAAAGGCGUCAACUGGGCUCUCUUACGACACGAGAAGAAUCCGCCGAUUGUACCCAAGAUUCACGAUCCAACCGACACAAGCAAUUUCCGGCCGUUGGAGGAUAGCAUCGAUUUGGAUUUGGAGAUGGAGGGAAGGAGGGUGAUACUCGGGUCUGACUUGGUAAAUGACCCCACGCAAAACGGAUCUCGACGGGGAGCAGGGCGGAAUGGCGCACGAGCUGCGAACCCAUUCCGGGAUUUCGAAUCUGUGACACUUCAUCACGCACACAUGGUCGAAUGAGUUCAGUACCAAAUAGGUGACCGCAUGUACAUCAUUCCACAUGCUGUCAUCGAUACAUGUGUCUUUGUUAAGGGAUAUUUAGUGCCAGUUUACUGCAGUCAGCACUGGUUCUCUAGUCACUUGGACAGAAGCCCAAAGAAGGGUGUGAUUUCUGCUGCGACAGUACAUAGUAUGUGUUAGUAGUUGCUAGGGUAUAUGUAGCUUUUGGAUUGGUAGCAGCUUUCUUGUUUCUUCUUUUUUAAUACUUGAAAAUAUCAUUCUCGUUACCGCAUUACAA